CAUUAUUUAAGGCGAAAUGUUACGCGAAGUACUUCGAAUUGGCAGCAGACGUAGCUUUAGCUAUAAAUCCGUGCGGCGUCCAAACUUAGCUGCAGUUAAGGACAACGGCAAUGCAAAUACGGAGCAGAAGCCAAUGCCCAGCGCACAACCCAAUGGUGACUUGACCAAACAGCUGAGAGCCAAAAUGCUGGCCACGGGACCCAUAACAGUGGCCGAGUACAUGCGGGAGGUGUUGACAAAUCCAAAUGCCGGCUACUAUAUGCACCGUGAUGUAUUCGGACGUGAAGGUGACUUUAUAACAUCACCAGAGAUUUCACAGAUAUUUGGCGAACUGGUGGGCAUAUGGCUAAUCAACGAGUGGCAGAAGCUGGGCAGCCCCUCGCCGUUUCAGUUUGUGGAACUAGGCCCGGGUCGUGGUACACUUGCGCGCGAUGUGCUCAAAGUAUUGACCAAAUUUAAGCUGGGCGCCGAGUUUAGCAUGCAUCUGGUGGAGAUUAGUCCGUUUUUGAGCAAGGCACAAGCACAACGUUUUUGCUACAAACACGAAACGUUACCAGAGGACUCACAGCUGCCGUAUUAUCAACAGGGCACCACUGCAACAGGCACCAAUGCGUAUUGGCAUCGUCGACUGGAGGAUGUGCCGCCGGGUUUCUCGUUGGUGCUGGCGCAUGAGUUCUUUGAUGCGCUGCCUGUGCACAAAUUGCAACUGGUUGAUGGCAAUUGGCAGGAGGUGCUUAUUGAUGUGGAGUCAGCGUCACAGUCCACAGACUUUCGCUAUGUCAUAUCCAAAGCGCAAACACCUGUUGCGCGUCUGUUUAAACCUGUGCCGGGUGAAACACGCAGUUGUCUGGAAUACGCACUGGAAACGGAGCGUCAUGUUGGCUUGCUGGCCAAGCGACUGGAGCAGCAGGGCGGCAUUUCUUUAAUCAUGGAUUAUGGACAUUUUGGUGACAAAACAGAUACUUUCCGUGGUUUCAAGCAGCAUGCGCUGCAUGAGCCGCUGCUGGCGCCUGGUUCAGCCGAUCUAACCGCAGAUGUGGACUUCAAGCAUAUGAAGCAUGUGGCAGAGACAAGUGGACACAUACAAUGCUUUGGUCCAGUGCAGCAAGGUGAGUUCUUAGAGCGUAUGCAAGGUGCAGCGCGACUGGAGCAGCUGCUGGCCAAUGCGUUGCCUGAGAAUCAAGAGCUAAUACGCUCUGGCUACGAGAUGCUAACAGCUGCUGAUAAAAUGGGCAGUCGCUUCAAGUUCUUAGCCAUGUUCCCUGGCGUGUUGGCGGAGCAUUUAAAAAAAUAUCCUGUGGCAGGAUUUACCGAGUAGAGACUUCGAACUUCAUAUACAAAACUUUGUUGCUCUUAAUUUUAGUUAAUACAUAUAUAAUGUUU